AUGGAAGCCGCAGGACAAAGGCGCAAAUGGGAGUGCUGGUGGAUUGCUUUGUGUUUCUGUUUGCUGCUGAGGUUUGGGCUGCAGGCUUCAACUCAAAUACGAUAUUCUAUACCAGAGGAGGUAAAUGAGGGAUCUAUUGUGGGAAAUAUCGCAAAGGAUUUGGGUCUUGAUACGAAUACUCUGGUGGACAGGCGUUUCCGUAUCGUCUCUGGAUCGAAAGACGCUCUUUUUGAGGUAAAUCAGAACAACGGUGAAUUGUAUGUGAGUAAGAAAAUUGACAGAGAGGAGUUGUGUGAUGGAAAUAGCGCGUGUCUGAUAAAUCUGAAAAUCGCCGUUGAAGAUCCACUUGAAAUACAUUAUGUUGGAGUAGAAAUCGCAGACGUGAAUGAUCACAGUCCUCGUUUUCCCGAGAAAGAACAGCAUUUUGAAAUGGCUGAAAACACUAUUGAAGGUGCACGUUUCGAGCUCCAAACUGCAAGAGAUCCUGACAUUGGAAGCCAUUCUAUUCGGCUUUAUAAAUUAGCAAAGAGUAAUUUUUUUGAGCUAGAAAUGAGAGAGGGUGACGAAGAGGAAAAUAAUCCAAUUUUAGUCUUACGUAAACCUUUAGACAGAGAGAAAAAUUCAGAGCAUAGACUCGUGUUGACUGCUGUGGAUGGAGGCAUCCCCCCAAAGUCAGGUACAUUGAAUAUUACUAUUACUGUUCUUGAUAUCAACGAUAACCGCCCUGUAUGUAGUAGAGAUAUAUAUUCAGUAACGCUUCCAGAAAACACACCUAUAGGGACAGUAAUAGCACGCGUAAAUGCCACUGAUUCUGAUGAGGGUUUAAAUGGGGAGGUUAUUUACACUCUGGGAAAAACUAGUAGACGAAAAGUUCAUGAAAUAUUUAGCCUUGAUAGCGUAACUGGCGAAAUUCAGAUUAAAGAUCCAAUCGAUUUUGAGGAGAGCGAGAUACAUAGAUUGACCGUCCAGGCUACGGAUAAGGGUCAGCCACCGAUGACCACUGACUGCAGAGUCCUUAUAAAGAUCACAGACGAAAAUGAUAAUAAUCCCGAGAUAGACGUCACGUCCCUUUCUAACACAAUUUCCGAGAAUGCAAAACCUGGAACUGUAAUAUCUCUGAUUAGUGUAUCAGAUAAAGACUCUAGUGUUAAUGGCAAGGUUGUUUGUAGUCUUUCAGACAAUGUUCCGUUCGAGUUAAAGCCAUCUGUUCAGGAAAACAUGUAUUCUUUAAUUACUAAAGAACGCUUGGACAGGGAAUUUACCUCAGAUUAUAAAAUCACAAUGAAAGCCAGUGAUUUAGGUCAACCGCCUCUCUCUUCUUUUAAAACUGUUACUGUGCAGGUGGUUGAUGUUAAUGAUAAUAAACCAGAGUUUGUCAAAAAUCCCCUCGAGUUGUAUUUAUUGGAAAAUAACACUCCUGGUGCAUCAGUAUUCUCUGUGAGCGCGUCAGACAAAGAUCUUAAUGAAAAUGCCGCGAUCUCAUAUCAGAUAGCUAGAGGAAAUGGAACCGAGAGUGAUAUGUCUUCAUUUCUCAGUAUUAACCAUGAAAGUGGCGUUAUCCAUGCUCUUAAAAGUUUUGAUUUUGAAUCUGUAAAAAAGUUUCAGUUCCAAGUUGUUGCUACAGACUCUGGAACUCCGUCUCUGAGCAGUAACGUGACAGUGAACGUGUUUAUUCUGGAUCAGAACGACAACGUUCCAGUGAUCUUAUAUCCAGUCAGCGCUAACGGUUCUGCUGAGGGUGUGGAAGAGAUUCCUCGUAAUGUGAACGCAGGUCAUUUGGUGACUAAAGUCAGAGCCUAUGACGCAGAUAUAGGAUACAACGGCUGGUUAUUAUUUUCACUGCAGGAAGUUAGUGACCACAGUCUCUUUGGUUUGGACCGCUACACAGGACAGAUAAGGACCCUUCGCUCAUUCACAGAAACAGACGAGGCCCAGCAUAAACUGCUCAUACUGGUCAAAGACAAUGGGAACGUUUCACUCUCAGCGACAGCGACUGUGAUUGUCAAAGUUGUGGAGCCCAAAGAGGCUUUUGCAGCUUCUGAUGUGAAAAACUCAGUAAAAGAUGAGGAGGAAAACAACGUGACAUUUUAUUUGAUCAUCACUUUGGGCUCGGUUUCAGUGCUUUUUGUCAUCAGCAUCAUCGUGUUGAUUGUAAUGCAGUGCUCUAAAUCGACAGACUAUUCGUCCAAGUACUUACAGGACACAAAUUACGACGGGACUCUGUGUCACAGCAUCCAGUACAGAUCUGGAGACAAACGGUACAUGUUAGUUGGACCCAGAAUGAGUAUCGGCUCUACUAUAGUCCCGGGCAGUAAUGGAAAUACUCUAGUGAUCCCAGAUCGCAGGAGGAGAGAUUCUGGAGAGUUCCACGUUCUCGCUACAGACUCUGGAACUCCGUCUCUGAGCAGUAACGUGACAGUGAACGUGUUUAUUCUGGAUAAGAACGACAACGUUCCAGUGAUCUUAUAUCCAGUCAGCGCAAACGGUUCUGCUGAGGGUGUGGAAGAGAUUCCCCGUAAUGUGAACGCAGGUCAUUUGGUGACUAAAGUCAGAGCCUAUGACGCAGAUAUAGGAUACAACGGCUGGUUAUUAUUUUCACUGCAGGAAGUUAGUGACCACAGUCUCUUUGGUUUGGACCGCUAUACAGGACAGAUAAGGACCCUUCGCUCAUUCACAGAAACAGACGAGGCCCAGCAUAAACUGCUCAUACUGGUCAAAGACAAUGGGAACAUUUCACUCUCAGCAACAGCUACUGUGAUUGUCAAAGUUGUGGAGCCCAAAGAGGCUUUUGCCGCUUCUGAUGUGAAAAACGCAGUAAAAGACGAGGAGGAAACCAAUGUGACAUUUUAUUUGAUCAUCACUUUGGGCUCAGUUUCAGUGCUUUUUGUCAUCAGCAUCAUCGUGUUGAUUGUGAUGCAGUGCUCUAAAUCGACAGACUAUUCGUCCAAGUAUUUACAGGACACAAAUUACGACGGGACUCUGUGUCACAGCAUCCAGUACAGAUCUGGAGACAAACGGUACAUGUUAGUUGGACCCAGAAUGAGUAUCGGCUCUACUAUAGUCCCUGGCAGUAAUGGAAAUACUCUAGUGAUCCCAGAUCGCAGGAGGAGAUGUUCUGGGGAGUUCCAAGUUGUUGCUACAGACUCUGGAACUCCGUCUCUGAGCAGUAACGUGACAGUGAACGUGUUUAUUCUGGAUCAGAACGACAACGUUCCAGUGAUCUUAUAUCCAGUCAGCGCUAACGGUUCUGCUGAGGGUGUGGAAGAGAUUCCUCGUAAUGUGAACGCAGGUCAUUUGGAAGUUAGUGACCACAGUCUCUUUGGUUUGGACCGCUAUACAGGACAGAUAAGGACCCUUCGCUCAUUCACAGAAACAGACGAGGCCCAGCAUAAACUGCUCAUACUGGUCAAAGACAAUGGGAACGUUUCUCUCUCAGCGACAGCGACUGUGAUUGUCAAAGUUGUGGAGCCCAAAGAGGCUUUUGCAGCUUCUGAUGUGAAAAACACCGUAAAAGACGAGGAGGAAAACAAUGUGACAUUUUAUUUGAUCAUCACUUUGGGCUCGGUUUCAGUGCUUUUUGUCAUCAGCAUCAUCGUGCUAAUUGUAAUGCAGUACUCUAAAUCGACAGACUAUUCGUCCAAGUAUUUACAGGAUACAAAUUACGACGGGACUCUGUGUCACAGCAUCCAGUACAGAUCUGGAGACAAACGGUACAUGUUAGUUGGACCCAGAAUGAGUAUCGGCUCUACUAUUGUUCCUGGCAGUAAUGGAAAUACUCUAGUGAUCCCAGAUCGCAGGAGGAGAGAUUCUGGAGAGUUCCAAGUUGUUGCUACAGACUCUGGAACUCCGUCUCUGAGCAGUAACGUGACAGUGAACGUGUUUAUUCUGGAUCAAUGA